AUGAAGAAUUUCAAUAAUUAUAGAAGAAAGAAUUAGAUGUUAAUAAUAUAUUACAUUAAACUAAGAAAUAUUUAAUAAAGAAUUAAAUAUUAGAUAAUUUAAGAAGUUACAUCAACAUUCAAUCAAUAACCUUUAUUAUAUAAAAGUUUAACCUACAAAGAACAAAAUUUUAUUAUUCCAAUUUUAAUUAUUCAAACAAAUUUACAAUUAAGUAAUCAUUAAUAUAUUUAAACUUAUCUUAAUAAAACUUAUAAAUAGUUCAUUAGAUUUGCAUAAAUCACAUUAAAUCUUAUAUGAACAUUUUAGAAAAUAUUUGGUCAAAAAAACUAGCGAAAAAGUGGAUAAUAUUUAUUUUCUAUAGAAUUAGAUGAACGAAUAAUCUUUUGUAUUUAACAGGAAUUAAAAUUCAAUUAAAAAAGAAAAAAGAGAUGAAAAAUGGGUAAUUAUAAAUUAAUUUAAUUUAGAUAUAAUUAGAUAAGAAAAAUGAAUAUAGAUUAGUAUUUUCGAAACUUAAAAUAUUAUAAUUCAUAUCAAGUUAAAGUUUUUGA